AUGGAGAGGAUUGAAUCAGUGAGAUCUGGUUGUCUGAGCACUAUGUGCUUCAAAUGGGGGAAUGUGAAUUCAGAACUAUGGUGGCCUCUGCAUUCUGAUUCUGCAAUCAUCAUCAUCAUCUUCCAUACCUCACCUCUCAGAAAGUACGCAAUCAUUACUCUUUCUUCUGGACAACCAUGUUCUUCCAUGGAUACCACCACCUUCCCUGCAUUCUUCCUUCUCAACUCACUUAACCCUCCUCCAAUUUCUCUCUAG